GAUAAGUCACUGAAUUGUAAUGCAAACAUUACAUUAUGUUUAAGUAUUCAACAAGGUGUAUUAAGCAUAUACACAUUUUGAAAAACAGUUGCAUUAUUAGGCAAUUUGAACAAGGUCAUAAAAAUUUAAAAGAAAGUGGAAAGAGCAGAAAAGGUUAGAAGUUGGAAGAGGAGGGGGGACCCUGUGUUAGUUGCUAGUAUUAGGCAGAAGUAGGAAAUGAUGGGAAGGACGAUGAUCACGUGAUUACAAUAUCACAUGGGAAUGAUACAAAUACAAAACUACCACCUCAGAUUCAGAACACUCACUCGCCCAUUUUUGUCGCCUAGAAUCCCACUCAGACACUUUUGCAUUGCAUGCCUGCCUGCUCCCACAGAUAUGCACUCCAUCCAUGCUAUUUUAUUUUUUUCUUUUCAUUUUGGCCAAGCCUAUAUAAUAUCAUUCAAUCUUCAAUCUUAGUAUCACAACUCAGCUAAAAUGGUAAUUAUGCACUUAGGAAAUUCACAAAAAAGGAAUCCCUGGAUCAAUCGAAUUAAUGCACUGAAACUCUUGCAUUGUAUGGUCAUGGAAAUGCGCACAAAAUUUCUUCAAUCAGAUUUGAAAUGACAGAUAGAGAGGAAUGAAGGAAGAGAGAGAGUGUAAGAUUGCAAAACGAUCCAAGAUGUCAAAGCUGUUCUCAAAGCACCUUCACCUCUGCUUCUUCAAGCUGAAGCACCAUCCAACCAUCCUCUCUCCGUCACCGUCACCGUCCACUCCCACAAGCACCUCCAACUUAACUACCUCCCACUCCUCCGAAGACCCACCUGACUUGGCCUCACUCUUCGCCUCCGACAGGUUCUUCUUCUCGUCGCCGGGCACCUCGAACUCCAUCAUAGAGUCCCCGGACACGCGUGCCUCCAUACCAAGCGGCGGAGUGAAGGUUCCAAAGUACUCGGUGGACCCCUACGUGGAUUUCUUCCGCUCAAUGCAAGAAAUGAUUGCUUCACGACGGCGGGGUUUGGAUGUGAACAAAGACUGGGACUAUCUCCACGAUCUUCUCUUGUGCUACCUGGCUCUCAAUCCAUCACACACCCACAGGUACAUUGUUCGCGCCUUCACCGAUCUCGUCGUUGACCUUUUGUCGUCUUCGUCGUCGUUGCCUUCACCGCCGGUAGUGAAAUCCAAGUCUUGCCGGAGACUCAAGAACCAUCGGCAUAGUUCUAGUUUCUCAGGGCAGUUGGUGUAGCAACAAUGAGUCAAUUCAUGCAUGACAUGGAUUAUUAUAAUAUUAAUUAAUUAAUUGCUUUUGGGUUUCGCUCUGUAAUGGCAUGUAUGUAAUUAAUUGAGUUUGAGAAAUCGAAAAAGGGAAGGUGACAUGCAGAUGCAGAGGUGUCUGUCUCUGUGCUCCUCCAUUAAUGGCAACUGGCAACUAUAUAUGGUACUCUUUUUAUG